AUGGGGCAACCCGAAAACUACAUUCAAACGGUCUACAAGAAUGAUGGUUUCAUUGCCUUUGUUGCGGGGGGCGUUGGUGGCGCGGUGUCUCGCACAGUGGUGUCACCGGUGGAGCGAGUGAAGAUUCUGCUGCAGGUUCAGAGCUCGACCACCGCGUAUAAUGGCGGGCUUGUACAUGCUGUGAAGCAAGUGUACAAGGAGGAGGGCGUCAAGGGCCUUUUCCGCGGCAAUGGCAUCAACUGCCUGCGCAUCUUCCCGUACAGUGCGGUGCAGUACGCCGUGUACGAGUUUUGCAAGACCAGGGUGUUCCACGUCGGGCAGAGCGGCCACGAGCAGCUGAGAAGCUGGGAGCGACUGGUAGGCGGGGCGCUGGGAGGCGGGGCAAGCGUUCUCGUGACCUACCCGCUCGACCUGGUGCGAACGCGCCUGUCGAUCCAGACGGCCAACCUGGCCAAGCUGCACCGCUCCAAGGCGCACGACAUCCGCAGGCCGCCCGGCAUCGUAGAGCUGCUCAGGCGCAUCUUCCGCGAGGAGGGCGGCCUUCGAGGCUGGUACCGCGGCGUGUACCCGACCAGCCUGGGCGUCGUGCCGUUCGUGGCGCUCAACUUCGCACUCUACGAGCGCCUCAAGGCCCUGAUCCCGCACGACUACGACGCCGGCUCGGUCGCCGCCGCCAAGCUCGCGAUCGGCGCGGUCAGCGGCGGCAUAGCCCAGACCGUCGUGUACCCCUUCGACCUGCUCCGAAGGCGUUUCCAGGUUCUGACCAUGGGACAGAGCGAGCUUGGCUUCCGCUACGCCAGUGUGGCGGACGCGCUCUGGACCAUCGGCCGCCAGGAGGGCCUCCGUGGCUACUACAAGGGCCUCACGGCCAACCUGGUGAAGGUGGUGCCGGCCAUGGCCGUCCAAUGGUUUGUCUACGAGCUCAUCUCCGAAAAUAUGCAUGGCCUGUGA